UCUGAUGGGGUAGGGGUGGCCCCACUGGCCAGAAGCUCGUCUGACUGUGACCUGUGGCUGCUCCUUGGGAGCGGGAAAUGAUACUGUUUAUACCCCGCCAGGUGCUCAGCCCCGGCUUGGGGUGUGGACCCAGAGGUUUCUAAUCCGUCAUGAUUAAUAGAGCCAUUGACAGCUCCUGAUAACCAAGCUUGUUGAAAGCAGCCAUAAGGUCACGGUCUGGGCCUGUGAUUUAUCCCCCUUGGGGCCCCUUGGCAGCAGGAUCAAGUUCGUUGCUGAGAGUCAAAGAUCAACCUCGUGGGGGAAAUCUUUGAGCUGAGGAAGUUUGGAGAAAAGCGAUCCCCUGGUGGCCUCUCCGUGGCCAGGGCAGUCCCCAAGUAUCAGGCGAGUCCCACGUGCGGGAGCUUUGAUGUGUGGCCCCAAUCCUCAUCCAGCCUGGGAAGGAAGCGGGAUCUCUGUCAUUUACAGUAGCAGAAGGAAGUUCAGGCGGGCUAAACAUUCAUGCCCGAGGACAGGCUGGUUUGAAUCGAGGUUCGUUAGACUCCAGAGCCGCUGGUUUCUCCCUGCUACCUGCCCAUCCCCCUUUUCACCCUUACUCCUUCUUGUAGACAACUGUCCCAACCUCAGGGUCUUUGAACUCCUUGAGUUGUUCUCACCAUCUUGGGGGGCGGCUCUGCUCCCUCCCUAUGGGGGAGGCUAUUGAGGGGCAAGUAGACCUGUUCAGUCCGUCUGUCUCUCUGUCUCCCAAUCACCCUUUCACCCCUUGUCCUCCUCACUCCAUUCUCUGGCCCCCAGUGGACGCUGAGUCAGAGACAGACAGCUCCCCUUGGCUCCCAGUGCCUCCCGCGGGAGCCCUCCUGGGCUGUAUCCGUUAGUCACCCCGGUCGGUCCUCAGCCCCCCUUCGUGGGGCGGGGAGCCUGGGGCAGCCCAGAAGCUGGGGGAGGAGGUGGACUUUUGGCCCGUUUAGUUUAUUCCCUCCAUCUCCUCGUCAACAACGGCUGCGCGCUCCUGGCUCAUUCCACUGACCUAUCUGGAAGCAGAGAGACCCGGAGCUAGGAAGCAAGACAGCAAGUGGAAGCUGGACCUGAGCCCAAGGCAGGGGCCACCGCGGGACUUCUGCCCUUUACCUCCCCUCUCCUCCCAGCCUCAACACCCCUCUUUUGCCAGCACCCCCAAGGGUCCCUGGGGUUCCACCCCUCCCCCUUUGGGGCCCCAGGCACCCCUUGGGACCUGCUCCCACCAUGUCGAUGGCCGUGGAGACCUUUGGCUUCUUCAUGGCAGCCCUGGGACUGCUGAUGCUGGGGGUGACCCUGCCACACAGCUACUGGCGAGUGUCCACCGUGCACGGGAAUGUCAUCACCACCAACACCAUCUUCGAGAACCUCUGGCACAGCUGUGCCACUGACUCCCUCGGCGUCUACAACUGCUGGGAGUUCCCGUCCAUGCUGGCCCUCUCCGGGUACAUCCAGGCCUGCCGGGCACUCAUGAUCUCUGCCAUCGUCCUCGGCUUCCUGGGCCUCUUCCUUGGCAUAAUGGGGCUGCGCUGCACGAACAUUUGGGACACGGUGCUCUCCAGGAAAGCCAAGGUGGCGGCCACCGCGGGGGCCCUGCACAUACUGGCUGGCAUCUGCGGGAUGGUGGCCAUCUCCUGGUACGCCUUCAACAUCACCCGGGACUUCUUCGACCCCUUGCAUAGUGGGACCAAGUACGAGCUGGGUCCUGCCCUCUACCUGGGCUGGAGCGCCUCCCUGCUUUGCAUCCUGGGCGGGGUCUGCCUCUGCUCCAGCUGUUGCUGCCCCCCUGACAAGGACCCCGCCGCCAGCGCGCGGCUUCCCUACCCCGCUCCGCAGUCGCUGCUGCCCUCCGCGGGCCCCGCCGCCCGCCUGGCCCCCGCGGCCGCGGAUGAAGAAGACGACGGCGGCUUCGGCAAAUACGGGAAGAACGCUUACGUGUAGGAGCCCGGCCAGCGGACCCAUCUGCUCUUCCCACUGCGCCCGGCGGAGAGAAGUCCUGCCAAUGCUCUCUGGAAUAACCAAAGGGGAGGGCCCAGAGGCCACGCCCAGCCCCGACCUCCCCAGGCCCCGCCUCUCCGCGCGAGCCCCGCCCCGGCCACGCCUCCUCUGUCUGGGCCCUCCCGGCUCCCGAGGACCCCGCCGGACCCUGGAGGUUGGACCCUCUGUUUCUUCUGAGUCUGGGCUCUGGGCUGUUGAGGGGGAGGGGUCAUCCCCAAGUGUUUAUUUUCUAUAUAAAUACAUUCAGAAGUACAGUUCUAUUGUGAGCCGUUCAGGGGUCCAGGGAGUCAGGAAGCCACUGGCCAAGAAAGGGAAGGGGUGCCAGGGGUCCUCGCAGCUCACGGACCCGACUUCUUAUCCAGCAGAAGACAGAAGGGUUGUGAGUGGUUUCAAAGUAACGGACAUAAUUACUGAUAAAAGUCAUCAAGGGGCAGAGAUGGAAAGCCCCACUCUAGGAAGUUUAAAAUAGCAGAGCUGCCCCUGGCACCGUCACUCGUUUUACAGUUGACCUGUUUUCUCAUGGCUGUUCAGGGAGACAACUGGUCUACAGCCGUUUCCCACCUUGGAACAGGAGUGGUGUUUUGGUUUGCUAAUACUGCCAUUAUGCAAAAUAUCAGGAAUGGAUUGGCUUUUAUA